AUGAGGAAUAGUGUUCCCACAAUAAAAGACGCUAACGGGGAGCCAAGAUCGAGUACUUCUGAGGAGGCACCCAGCCACAGUCGUGCUGGAGCAACUGCUGGAAAACUGAGGACCAGAACUGUCUCCACACAGAUAUCUGCCAGAACCCUAAAGCUACAACACGUCAGAAGUAAAGGUACUCUUGCAAAACCCAACACCAAAGAUGCAUCUACAGAGACAGAUCAGUCUUGGAUGGUGCUGUCCUCCACACCAAUAAGAUCAUCUACCUCUGGGCUCGGUAUUGGGUCAAGGAAGAGACGUCGUACAGACAUUUUUGAGGAAGACGAGGAGGAUCCUGACAUCUCAGAUAUUUCCCCACCACAACCACACGACUCUACUUAUGAGCUUGGGGCCACUCUCACUGAUGUUUCUGGAAUGAUGGAAACAGAAUGUCCCUCUGCUUAUGAAGAACCGAAAUACAUAGUGUUUGACAGCAAUUUGAAGUCCCUAUUUGAAACAUGCCCAGUUUGCACACCUGGAAAAGAUAUGUAA